GGGCAGAAUCUUCCAGAAUCUAGUGGCGCGGUCUGUGACGGAAGAUCUUUUCAGUAGAGCUAAAACAAGGAGAUAUACGUCUUUUGUGGUUUGAAUUCUGAAAACUGCUCUUAUAAUUUUUGGAUCGUCUGGAACUGAUCUACUGACUGAAGCAGUGAAUAAAGUGAAGGGCUUGUCACCUCAACCACACCAGCAGCGUCACAGUUUGUUAGUUACGGAAGAUGGACGGGAGCGUGACAGUCAUCACCAGCCCCACCGUGUCCGUGCGGGUGACUAGCACCGUCAGCGACUUCGAGGCGAACCGGAGAUUCAACCGAGGCGUAACGAUCGCAGAGUUUAAGAGUAAGUUGGAGCUGAUUGUGGGUACCCCAGCUGCCUAUAUGGACCUUGAGCUAUUCAGCACUUCAGACAAGCUCUUACAGAAGUUAGACAACAAUGAAGCGCUGCUCGGCUCCUAUCAUGUGGAUGAUGACUGCAGAAUACAUGUGACAGACCGCAGUGGUACGCAGAAUGCGGAGUUCACUGAUUUGUCAAAGGUGGAGAAAUUCGAGAUCUCUGAUGAAGCCUAUGAAAAAAGGGCAGAUUCAAUACGGAGUUUCAAGAAGAAUUUUAAGUUAGGUCGAUUUAAUGAGGAAAACGGGGCCAAGCAAGAAGAGGCUCUUGCUAAGAAAGAAGAGGAAGAGAAGGUGGCCGCUGGGUCCAUUGCUGUUGGGAACCGCUGCAAAGUUGAAGUUGCUGGGCAACCUACCAAGAUUGGCACUGUUAUGUUUGUGGGUACACCAGAUUUCAAACCAGGCUACUGGGUUGGUGUGAAAUAUGAUGAGCCGCUUGGGAAGAAUGAUGGCAGUGUGAAAGGGAAACGUUACUUUGAGUGUGAGCCGAAACAUGGUGCCUUCGUGAAGCCCCUCUCAGUAAUUGUGGGAGACUUCCCUGAAGAGGACUUUGGUUUGGAUGAGAUGUAAGACUCGAUGAUGAGCAGUCAGAAGCAUCAGAAGAAAGAUCCUUACUUCCAGAAGUUUGGCUCCAUGCAGUGAGACAUUGCUGUGGUAGAAGGUUUUUUGUUGUCAGUGCAGAUCAUUUUGUUUUAUGCAGGUCUGGAAGAGAUCAGCGAAAAUUAUACCUUAAUAUCCUGCAGUCAAACUAAAGAAUGAUCUUAAACAACAUCUGUGCCCUGGCGACUAGUAAGGUAAAUGUGAGAAGACCAGCCGAGGUCAGAGUAAAGAAAAGCAUUCGCUUGCAUGGUGAUUGUUCAUUAAUGAAUUCCAAAGUUCUGCAGCUAAUUUGAGCCCAGACCAAAUUAUUUUACUUCAAACAAAACCAACCAACCACAUCAGAAAAUGAAUUGUAUGUUUUUGCAAUACUGUACACACUGUAUUGUAUAAAUGUAUUAUUUGUACUAAUGAAUGCCUCCUUUUCUGCAGCCUAUUACAUUCUUAUGCAUCAAUAUGACUGUGUUGAGGGUCUCAGUCCCUCAUUCUCUUGGGCACUUUAGCGAUUAGCUCAUUAAUGAGACGUGUAAUGUAGAAUCCCGUGGUCUCAGUUUUUCCAUGGUUAUGUAUUUUCAGUGUAAAUUACAAAAAUGUGAUGAGAAGUCUUGUUGUUUUGUGAAAAUUUGGCUAUAAGCAUUUUCAUGCAUGUCAAAUUUACGUUUAACAGAAAGGCCUAAUGUUUUUAAUGGAAUUCUGUUAUAAUCUGUUAUAAAGUAUAAUCUCUGUUUCAAAUAAAUCCAUGUGCCAAUUUUGGACAUCCUGCAGACAUUUGCCCAAAUUGGAAAUUAUCUUUUUUUAUUUUACCUUUUUAAUACUUAGCAUGGGACAUAUGUUGUGGUGAAAAACACUGAUGUAGUACAGCCCUAAAACCUUGAUAGCUCACAAGUAAUAAUAUACAUAUGGUUUUGGUGUAUAGCAACUGAUAUGAUUCAUAUAAAUGCCGUAAUUAUAUUAUAGUAGCUUUAACAAAACAAUGCAGUGUAAAAGUAAAAAUGUUGGACACUAGACAAGGGCCAGGCAAACACUGAAGUUGGAGAUAGACAUGCAUCUGUUUCUUUCUUUACUUCAUGCUUGCAUUAAGUGGCCAUAAAUUUGAAAAGACUGUGACAUAUUUUUGUUUUUGACAUUUUGUGAUGCUUUGAAAAACUUAGCCUCAGUCACCAUUUGCAAAUAACCUAUAACUGAAUUGAUCAUUUAUCAAAUACCUGUGGCCAUGGGAUUUCUGGCUCAAUUGAACGUGCCCGAGGGGAUUUAGUAAAUGUUUUUCGAUUUGUCCCUCCAGACUGUUAUGCUUUGCAAAAAUAAAAAGAGUUUCAGAUCA